AUGGCCAAGUCCCGAAGCAGCAUCUUGGCGUUGGCCACCUUGGCAACGGGCCUGUUGGCCUUAGUGUGGAGCAUGGACCUCGGCUUUGUGGUCCCACGCAGCACCAUCGCCAACCAGGCCCCUCCUUCGAGUGCUUUGGUGGCUGGCAGCGCGGCCUUGCUUGCGGCCGCCCCGAUGCCGGCCUAUGCGGGAGGCAUGUUCGACUUCGGACUGACACUGCCCUUUGUGGCGGUGUCCUUCCUCACCUUGAUGGCAGUGCUGAAUGCGCUUUUCUAUGCUCCAGUGUCCGAGGAGGUUGAAGAGCGCAAUGCCAAGCUCCUACAGACCUUAUCGGAGGCCACGGACAUGCUGGCAGAGGCUGAUGAGAUGCAGGUGCAAUACACCGCCGAAAUCAAGGAGGCUCGCGAAAAGGCUGCACAGGAGCUGGCAGAUGCGCGAGCAAAGACAGAGGCUCUCAUUGAGACCCAGCUGGCGGCUGCCGCGGAUGCGCGCGAGAAGAAAGCCGCUGAAGUGAAGGUGAAGCUCAACGCAGAGAUGGCGUCCAAGAUCCAGGCUGCCGAGUCUGAGAUCGUGAAGAGGAAGGAUGGCUUCGUGAAGGCGACGCUGUCUGGAGUGGGCCUUUGA